UGGCGAAGGUGAAGAGUGGAUCCGAGCUGUGGUUCCGGCAUGAGCACCUUCACUACCGCUAUGAGGUGCUAAAGAAGAUUGGAGAAGGAGGUCAAGGCCAGGUGAUCCAGUGCCUUGAUCACAAAGGGAACACCCUGGUGGCCAUUAAGAUCCUGGUGUCACCAUUGAGCUCCAAGCAAGAAACAUACCAGAAGAUGGAGCUCCAGAUAGCUCUGGAACUUCAGGGCGAGGGCAGUGAUGAAUAUUUCAACGUCAUCAAAGUCCUGAACAGAUUUUAUUUCAGAGGACACCACUGUAUCGUCCUGGAGCUGUUGAAGGAGAGCCUUCAUGAAGUGAUUAGAAAUGUGGGGCUCCGGCGGUUGGACAUGGCGAUGGUGAAAACCUACACCAGGGGCAUCCUGAAGUUCUUGUGCCACAUCAAUUCCAGGAAAAUCGUCCACGCGGACAUCAAGCCUGAAAAUGUUUUAGUCAAAGACACCGUGACUGGCACUGUGAGGGUCACGGACUUUGGGACAAGCUUUUUUGUGGAAAGUCAACCUAUGAAUGUUGGUGGGAUCCUGGAAUAUUUGGCUCCAGAGCUGUUGCUGGGCUAUAGCUUGACAUGUGGAGUGGGUAUGUGGGCGCUGGGCUGCACGGUGGCGGAGUUGGCGACGGGCAGGGAAUUAUUCCGGUCCGACAGCCACGAAGAUCAUCUCCCGCGCUGCAUAGAGGUAUUUCCCACAGGGCGUCUAUCCGCUCGUGAUCCCCCUCUCUUUCCUUAGAGUCGUGGUCUUGUAUGUAUGGGGGAGCGAUAGUGUAGCGGUUAGCCUGCUGUGCUAGAAACUGAAUUCGAUUCCAGCUCAUUGCCAACACCAGUGACGAUUAUCUGAACUGGUCUUGGGCCUCCUCUAGUUCGACUCAGCCUCAACUGAGUACCUAGUGGAGUGUGUGAAGUACCUGGAUUAAUGUGGCCCACACACCGGUGUGUUGGAGACUAACUUUUUAAUCUUAAUUUUGGAGCUUUCGUGACUGCAGGAAUUAUUCUUUGGUUUUUUCGGUAAAGUCACGUAUAAAAAUAAAAUAAUAAAUUAAAUAAUAGCAUACAUUUAUUAUUUUAUUUUUAUACGUGACUUUACCGAAAAAACCAAAGAAUGACUAACUUUUUGUUCAUGUGUCAAACUUUACUAAUUGUACUUUCUUUCGGUAAAGUCACGUAGUUAGAUUGUUGCUGCAUUAGCAUUGUUGCUGCAUUGGCACUCGUGCACCGCCCAUGCUCCUGGUGCUGUUGAUACACUUGGGCUGUGCCCAUCCUCAAACCCUUAUAAACAGUUUGCCUUUAGAGGUUGACUCCUUUGCCUGUUGGCGACCGCUUUGUGUUGCAAUCGAAACGUCGUGAUUUGUUUUAUUUUAUUUCUAACUACGUGACUUUACCGAAAGAACCAAAGAGUAUGGAUUCCUGCAGUCAAAAAGCUUAAAAUCAAGAGUUACUAAUUGGCUGUGUCGGAUGGUGGCAGGUUUAACGACAAAUUAAUAUUUACACAAUCUAACCCAACAAACCUUUAUUAUGGUAUUAGAGGGUUAGGGUUUUAGAGAAAUACAGGGGUUUAGAUGGUUAGGGGUUUGGAGGGUGAGUUGUUUAGAGCAGCGGUCCCCAACCUUUUUUGCACCAGCGACCGGUUUUGUGGAAGACAAUUUUUUCACGGACCGGGGAGGGGGGGGGGUAUUCAUCAUUGGGUCUUUCCCCCUUUUCAAAUAAGCUCUCCAGCUACAUUUGUUUUUUACUCAUUUUGGCUAGGGUUAGCUUGUGGGCUUACCAAAACUGUGACUGAGACAAGUGCGCAGUGCAGGAAAUAGGUGCGGACGGAAGUGGUAAAUAAAAUGGGCGGGCCACUCGCAGACUAAAAUAAGUGUCGGAUUCUGACUUCUCAUGAGGAGCGCACAACCUAGAUCCCUCGCUCCGAUGAGAAUCUGUCGCCGCUGAUCUGACAGAAGGCGGAGCUCAGACGGUAAUACGAGCGAUGGGAAGUGGCUGUAAAUAAAGAUGAAGCUUCGCUCGCUCACCCACCGCUCACCUCCUGUUGUGCGGCCCGGUUCCGAACAGGCCACGGACCAGUACCGGUCUGCGGCCCGGGUGUUGGGGACCCCUGGUUUAGAGGGUUGGAGUUUAGAUGGGUUGGGAUUUAGAAGAUUGGGGAUUUAUGUUGUAUGUGUUGGGUUAUGGAAUUUUGAUGAAAAUAAUAAAAAUUAAUUAUUUCCAAAAAAUGCGCAAAUCGCAUAAAUUAUGUUAGUGUGUGUAAUUAUAUGCAUAAAUUAUGAUAACCACGGAGAUAAUCGUAGUAAUUUAUGCGGAUGCUUGCGAUUAUGUUAAUGUGUGCAGUUAUGAUAAUUAAGCUUAGUUUCGUUUAUCCAGAGUUGUAUCAAUCAGGAUAACACGAUUAUCAUUGAUUAAACAUUUAUCGAUUAUCUUAGU